UUAGAAUGCCUCUCGUAGCACGUUGUAUUGAGCCGCGCUAUUUGUGCCGAGAGAAGAUUCCCAAUGUUCGCAGUGAACUGGAAUGUAUGACCAACAUCACGCUAUCUAAUGUCAUCAGGCAGCUGGGAAGUUUGAGCUGCUAUGCAGAAGACAUCUUUGGAGAGCUGUUUACUGAAGCAAGUAUGUUUGCCCAGCGUGUGGGAAUGCUGGGUGAGAGAGUGGAAAAGCUACAGGUCAAAGUGACCCAGCUUGAUCCUAAAGAAGAAGAGGUUUCUCUGCAGGGCAUAAACACGAGAAAAGCAUUUCACAGUAGUACCCUGCAAGAUCAACAACUCUUUGUACGCGAUUCUCUUUCGGUUCCUGUCUGUGAAACAUAUGCUACCUGUGACAUGCCACCACCACUCAACAUUCUUACCCCAUACAGGGAAGAUAGAAAGGAGGCCUUGAAGUUUUACACAGACCCAUCCUACUUCUUUGACCUGUGGAAAGAAAAGAUGUUGCAGGACACAAAGGAUAUCAUGAAAGAAAAGCGCAAACAUAGGAGAGAAAAGAAAGAUAAUCCUAACCGUGGGAAUGUGAAUCCUCGUAAAAUCCGCACACGAAAAGAUGAAUGGGAGAAGAUGAAAAUGGGCAAGGAAUUUGAGGAACAAAAAGACAAUCUAUCAAUAUCUGAGGUUCAGUUUAAUCAGGAUGGAACCAUAAGCCCUGUGGAUGGGGUUGAUAUAUCUUUUUAUCCCCCACCGCCUUCAAAUGACGACAUUCCAAGCCCACCACCAGCUCCUGAUGAUUCUCUGCCACCUCCACCUAUGGAUUUUAGCUCACCUGGAACUACUAAUCGAGGAAGCUUUGUCAGCCCAGCCCACCCACCUCCAGCGCCUCCCAUAAGCUCUCCAAUUGGUGGAAGACCCAGUAUUUCCCCUCCUCUGGCUCCUCCACCACCACCUCCAGCUGGAAUGUUUCCAGACCCUUCCUACCUUCCUCCCCCAAGUCCACCAGCAUGCCCUCCUAUGCCUGGAUUUCCUGCUCCUCCUCCCCCUCCCCCUCCUGUGUCUUCAGUGAUGGAUUAUGCUCCUUCAUCCCCUGUUCCUCCUCCAGCCCCUCCUGCUGGAGGCCCACCUCCACCUCCACCACCACCACCACCUGGUCCACCUCCUCCUGGUCCUCCUCCUCCUGGUCCUCCUCCUCCCCCAGCUGUUACCAAAAUAGAAGGAGAAUCUUUGACCCCAAAACCAAAAACCAACCUGCCACCAGUGAGCGAUCCAAGGAGCGACCUUUUGUCUGCAAUCCGUCAAGGUUUCCAACUGCGCAAAGUGGAGCAGGAGCAGUUGGAGCAUGAGAAACGAGAUGUUGGAGGUAAUGAUGUGGCCACUAUCCUGUCUCGCCGUAUAGCUGUGGAAUACAGCGACUCUGAGAAUGACUCUUCAGAAUUCGAUGAGGAUGACUGGUCUGAUUAA